UAAAAAUUUUCCCAGUCACAAACUUGCCAAAGUAGCAAAAUCCCAGUUCCCUCGCUAUGCUUCUUCCGGCGAAUUGAAUAAAUAUAGUAAGAAUAUAACCAAAAACAAGGCCCAGGGCGCUGCACAAGCAAUGUUAUAUGCUACAGGAUUAAAGGCGGAAGAUAUGGAUAAACCACAAGUUGGUAUUGCCAGCGUAUGGUAUGAAGGUAAUCCAUGUAAUAUGCACCUUCUCGAACUAGCGACGAAAGUAAAAGAAGGUAUGAAAGAGGCUGGUCUUAUUGGCUAUCGUUUUAACACCAUUGGUGUAAGCGAUGGCAUAAGUAUGGGAACUACAGGUAUGCGCUAUUCGCUGCAAAGUCGUGAUUUGAUAGCUGAUUCUAUCGAGACGGUUAUGAGUGCUCAGUGGUAUGAUGCAAACAUUGCCCUUCCCGGUUGUGAUAAAAAUAUGCCCGGAUGCGUAAUGGCCAUGGCAAGACAUAACCGACCUUCUAUUAUGAUCUAUGGAGGUACUAUUCGACCUGGACAGUCCAAAUGUGGACAAGGUGUUUUGGAUGUCGUAUCGGCGUUCCAGUCAUACGGUUCUUACAUGGCUGGGAAGAUAACUGAGGAGGAAAGAUGUGAUAUUGUCAGACACGCGUGUCCAGGUCCCGGUGCUUGUGGCGGAAUGUAUACCGCUAAUACAAUGGCGUCUGCUAUCGAGGCUUUGGGUAUGAGUCUACCUUAUAGCUCAUCAACGCCAGCAGAAGAUCCAGCAAAGUUGGAUGAGUGCCGCAAGGCUGGCGAGGCCAUCCGUAAUCUUUUGGAAAAGGACAUCAAGCCUAGAGAUAUUAUGACACGAAAAGCCUUUGAAAAUGCCAUGGUUAUCGUCACGGUACUUGGCGGGUCAACGAAUGCCGUCUUGCACUUGAUUGCUAUUGCACGGGCUUUAAAUAUUGACCUUACGCUAGACGAUUUCCAGAAAGUUAGCGAUACCACACCGCUUCUGGCUGAUCUCAAACCGAGGCAAGGGACAUGA